AGCAGCAGUUUUUUUUAAAAAAAGGAGGGCCACUGCUUGCUCAGCAGAAUUAAGAGAGCUGUUCACAGUAAAUGUGGCUGGCUUCCAGUUCAUUUGGUGCUUUUGCAUCUAUGUGACUGAAGGACUUCUCUGAUCCUUUUCUCGGCUCCACAAUCAGGAGGUAGCUGGCACUGACGUCCAAAAUUGCAAAGGACACCACCAUACUGAAGGUUCCCAAAAAGAUGUCUUCUGUCAUGGAGAUGAAGGAAAUCUUCCUCAGUGCUGAUGCAGUUUGCUUUGAUGUGGACAGCACAGUCAUUAAAGAAGAGGGCAUCGAUGAACUGGCAAAAUUUUGUGGUGUUGGUGAUGCGGUGGCGGAAAUGACUCGCAGAGCAAUGGGAGGUUCAGUAACAUUCAAGGCAGCUUUAACUGCACGACUGGGCCUCAUACGACCUUCCUACGAACAAGUACAGAAAUUAAUAUCAGAGCAUCCACCCCAGUUAACGCCAGGAAUAAGAGAACUCGUCAACCGGCUCCACCAGCGUGGUGUCCAAGUUUUCUUAAUUUCUGGAGGGUUUCAGAGCAUUGUCGAACAUGUCGCCUCACAAUUAAACAUUCCAACAGCAAAUGUCUAUGCCAACAGAUUGAAGUUCUACUUUAAUGGAGAAUACGCCGGUUUUGAUGAGACACAGCCAACAGCUGAGUCAGGUGGUAAAGGACAAGUCAUCAGUUACUUGAAAGAACAGUUUCAAUUUAAGAAAGUAGUUAUGAUUGGCGAUGGAGCAACAGACAUGGAAGCCUGCCCUCCAGCAGACUGUUUCAUCGGCUUCGGGGGCAACGUUAUACGGAAACAAGUAAAAGAAAAAGCAAAGUGGUACAUCACUCAUUUUGAUGAGCUACUGAAAGAACUGGAAGAACGAUAAAUUAUUAACUAGACUUAUUUUAUUAAUACUUAUUGUAGGUAGAUAUAUAAUUAUGCAAUUAAACAUAUUGUUAUUUGCAAA